UCGCGGUUGCUGGAGAAGCCGUUUCCAUGGUGAGUAAAAAUGGCGGCUCGAGGGAAGGGCAUUCCAAUUUUAUCUUCAGCGCCACUGGAGUUUUUGUUCUUUCUCAAUACCUGGUAUUUCACCUGCUACUUCAUUGCUGAGAUACUGAUGUUUAUUUACAAAGGUCUGGUGCUCCCGUAUUCUCCGGCUAACCUCACCCUUGAUCUUGUUAUGCUUUUCCUCUAUCUCGGUGUGGAGAUACUCCGUCUCUUCUUUGGCUCCAAAGGCAACCUCACGCAACGCUCUUUGCCUCUGGCUGUCUGUCUGACUCUCACUUUGCCCUGUGCCAUGAUGGCUGUUUACUACUUGCUACUGCAGACCUACGUCCUGCGUGUCGAAGUCAUCCUAAAUGCUAUUCUUCUGGUUUUCUGCCUGUUUGAAAUUGUUCUGGAAAUUGCAACACUGGCAGCAUUCUCCAGAGCAAAAAUGUAUUAAACCUGCUUUGAACUUGUCAGCAAAUACAUUUGGUGUUGCACAGAUAAUUAUCCUUUUUUUUCAAAGUAUGUAUAUAUGUAAAUAAAAUUUCAUAUUCUUGUUUGCAAUUU